AUGGACAACGCUGGGAAGGAGCGUGAGGCGGUGCAGUUGAUGGCGGACGCCGAGAAGAGAGUCAAAGCCUCCCACUCCUUCUUGAGAGGGCUGUUUGGGGGAAACACAAGAAUAGAAGAGGCUUGUGAAAUGUAUACCAGAGCUGCAAAUAUGUUCAAGAUGGCUAAAAAUUGGAGUGUAUCAUCUUCUUCAGCUGCUGGAAAUGCAUUUUGUCAAGCAGCCAAGCUCCAUAUGCAGCUUCAGAGUAAACACGAUUCUGCUACCAGUUUUGUGGAUGCUGGGAAUGCUUACAAAAAGGCAGACCCACAAGAGGCUAUCAACUGCUUAAAUGCAGCCAUCGACAUAUACACAGACAUGGGAAGGUUUACAAUUGCAGCCAAGCACCAUAUUACUAUUGCCGAGAUUUAUGAGACAGAACUUGUAGACAUUGAGAAGGCUAUUGCCCAUUAUGAACAAUCUGCUGAUUAUUACAAAGGUGAAGAAUCCAACAGUUCUGCUAACAAGUGUCUGCUGAAGGUAGCAGCAUAUGCUGCCCAGCUUGAGCAGUAUCAGAAAGCCAUUGAGAUCUAUGAGCAGGUUGGAACAAACACUAUGGACAAUCCUUUGUUGAAGUACAGUGCAAAGGAUUACUUCUUUAAAGCAGCCCUAUGUCACUUCAUAGUAGAUGAGUUAAAUGCAAAGCUUGCUCUAGAGAAAUAUGAGGAAAUGUUUCCAGCAUUUACAGAUUCAAGAGAAUGUAAAUUAUUAAAAAAACUUCUAGAAGCCCAUGAAGAACAGAACAGUGAAGCUUACACUGAAGCGGUAAAGGAAUUUGACUCAAUAUCUCGCUUGGAUCAGUGGCUUACUACCAUGUUGCUUCGUAUCAAAAAGUCUAUCCAAGGGGAUGGAGAAGAAGGAGAUGGAGACCUAAAAUGA